UCAGCCCAUGUGUUUGUGGAUUGCCCUGUCGCAAAAAAUGCAUUUCUCUUUGUCUCACCGUAGCCGAUGACGGCAUGGACCAGAUGGACUUUGUGGAGCGUCCUCCUCUCGCAGGAGACACUUGCAGACGAGAGGAGGCUCGACUGCAAGGAUGUGCCUGGGUGGACUGACAAUGAAGGCUACUCCUGUCAUGAGUAUGCCAACAGGAGCUGGUGCACAGAAGACGGUGCUGAGGGCUUUGGAUGGCAGCAAACGUGGGGUGGUUUUGAAGAGCGCUGGAGGGAGGGCUUUACCGCUCAAGCGGCCUGCUGCGCUUGCGGCGGUGGGCAAGUUCAAUCCAUCGCUGGUCUGUGGCAAGUCCUCCAAGGGCCAUGUACGGUGGACACCGAGGGUUGUCUUCUGAGCCCCAACUAUCCGCAGAAUUACAGCAACAACCAGCGCUGCACCAUCAUCGUCAACCAGACUUUAGCGCAGCCCAUCAGGGUCGUUGAUUGGGAUGUAGAGUAUUGGUUUGACUUCUUGCUCAUCAACGGACGCCUCUUCAGUGGAACACUUCAGCCGCUGAACCAGACUCCCAAUGGCUCUAUGCACUGGGUCUCUGAUGAAGACACUACGGGCACUGGAUGGAAGCUUUGUCCAGGAAAUGGAACCUCCAGUGAGGCAGUGAUUGGCAGCACCACGAGCUCCAGUGAGAGGAGCACAACGCCCGUGGCGUCGAGCACCACCACUGAAGUCACGGAGUCAACAAGCUCUAGCAGUUCCAGCAGCUCAAGCACUCCCCUGCCGACGUCUUCUCCGUCCGCUCCGUCUGCGUGCAAAGACGUGGAGGGCUGGAUGGAUGCGGCGGAAUUCUCCUGCAAUGAAUACGCCCAGGAACAGUGGUGUACGGUCGAGAAGCAUCCAGGUCCUCACUGGGAAGCACUUUGGGGUCCCAUCGAGGAUUACUGGAACUUUGGCUUUUCGGCCUUUGACGCCUGCUGCGCCUGUGGUGGCGGUCAAAACGCCUCCAUCUCCGUCUUGUGGAUGGUCCAGUCGGGGCCGUGCACCAUGGUGGAUGGUUGCAUUCUGAGUCCAAAUUAUCCAUCGAAUUACAGUAACAAUCAACGCUGCACCAUCGCAGUCAACCAGUCCCUAGCGAGACCGUUUCAAGUCGUGGACUUUGACACGGAGCGCAACUAUGACCGCUUGACUGUGAACGGCAGAAGCUAUAGCGGGCGCAAGAAGCCCUCGGGCGUGGUGCCCUUCACCGCCAUCGGCUGGGAGUCGGACGAAGAUCUCACUGCACGAGG